AUGUCGUCCAACAAUCGCAUUUUGACCAAAUGGGAACCCGAUUAUAGUGAGCCCGAUAACAUGAAACAAACAAGCAUUUGGCGUGCACAAGUGAUUCCUACAGGUUUGCGCAAUGAUGAUGUUUGGAGUGGUAGUGGUACAUUGAUCGAUGAAAAGAAAGCAAAAGAGGCUUUAGCGGCAGAAAAGAAAGCAAAUCGCAAAAAGACUUUGGGAAUGAUUGCUGUGGCAGCCGCAACAGCAGCUUUGGCAGGCGCAGCAAUUCAUGAAUGGGAGAAACAUAGAGAAGCAAAACAAAAAGACUCAAAGGAAGAAAAGGAAACACAACAUAUGCCUGGCGAAUUUUCUGAUUCUCAUCAUCAUCAGUCUUCCGGCAGCAAAUGA